AAUAACUGGCGCUUUGUAUUGUAAAGGAAGGUGUCGAACAAAUAUUUUAGUUUAUCUAACCAAUUUUCACUUAAUUUGAGUAAAAAUGACCACAAAAAUAGAUCAGAAAGCGUACCUACAAAAAUAUCUUGGUGGAUCGUCAGGUGAUAAAAAGAAAAAGAAGAAAAAGGUCGUCAAAGGGAGAGGGUUUAAGAUAAUUGAUGACGAUUUAGACUUGACAAAACUUCGUCCUCUGGAUGGCGAUGAGUUGGAUGUGUUUGACGAAGGCGAGGACGCGCCACAGAUUGCUGGCAUCAUUGACGACCGGCCCGAGGAGCUGAAGAAGUUGGAACAGUUUAAAACCACUUCCAAAUGGAAAGUCAUCAAUAAGGAUGAUGGCUUCAACAGCAAUCUUCAAAUACAGGAAAUAAAGAAGGAUGUCAAGGAAAUUGAAAAAGAAAAUGAAAUUAUUUUUGGUAAAAUGUACAGUGAUUCUGAAGACGAGAAGAAAGAUUCAGACACGUCACCUCCUCGAAAACAGAAUGAUAAUAAGAGUAAUAAACAUAGAAGUGACAGUGACGCUAGUCCCCCGAGAAAGAGACAGAACAAUUCCGAUGUUUCACCUCCUAGGAAAGUAAAGAAUGUUAAUAUAUCCAAAAGGAGUAAAGACAGUGAUAGUGAUGUAAGCCCGCCAAGGAAACAUAGAAACAAUGCUUCACCUCCGAGGAGCAAACAUAAAGAUAGCUCAAGACCACGUCAAAAACAUUAUGACAGUGACAAUAGUCCACCUAGGAGAAGAAAAGGUUCUGACGCGUCACCGUCUAGAAAAAAACAAAGAGACAAAAAUCAUUCUGUAUCUUCAAGAUAUCAAAAUGAAUCUAGUCGAAACACAGAUGUAAGGAAAGAGAGAGGUUAUGAUUCAGAUUUGUCCCCACCAAGGAAACAUUCAGAAAAGGUUAAAGAAAGGAAAAAGCCGUCUCGAUGGGGUGAUGCUGAUGAUAAUAUUCAUGACAGGUCGCCUGUACUUAAAAGGCAAAGAUCUAGGUCUAAAUCGCCAAAGAAAUGUAAGAAAAAAUCAAAUUAUGAUUCGGAUUUGUCACCUCCGAGAAAAACACGAAAGGACUCUCCGAAAAAGUCAGAGAAAUUGAACAAAUAUGAUAAAUUGCAGAACAAAAGUCAGAAUUCAGAUUCAGACUUGUCUCCUCCGAGAAAGAGAAGGUCAGUCUCUCCUUCUAGGACUGACAGAGAUAGAUAUAAGAAUAAUGACAUUCCUCCGCCAUCAAAUAAGAAAAUGGCUAGGACGUUAGAAGGCAAAAUGGCGGGGCUGCAGAAUGCGGUGCAGUUGCGUGAGGAAAAUGAACAGUUUAGGAGAAAAGAAGACGAAGCAUUCAAACGGAUGACAGACGAUGUGUCAGGGAGGAACGCGCAAGUCGUGUCGCGGAAAGGAAAACGUGAAACAUCAGAGGACAGACAAAAGCAAAGAGAGAAAGCGGAGCGGCAGAAAGAGUUGGAUGAAAAAUAUAAAAAGUGGAGUAAAGGUGUAAAACAAAUCGAAGCGCAGGAGGCGCGUGUGCAAGAGUUCAUUCACGAAGCCUCCAAACCCCUGGCUCGACACAAAGAUGACACAGAUCUGGAAUCCCACCUCAGAGACGUAGAGAGAGCAGGGGAUCCCAUGCUGCAGUACAUUAGGGAGAAGAAACGGGAGAGAGGGGAGUUACCACCAGAGAGACCAUCAUACAAAGGCAGUUUCCCGCCAAACCGCUUCAACAUCCGGCCGGGAUAUCGCUGGGACGGCGUCGAUCGCUCCAACGGAUACGAGAAGAAAUACUUUGAGAAUCAGAGCAAGAAGAAGGCGCAAGAAGAAGAAGCCUAUAAGUGGAGUACUGAAGACCUAUAAUAAAAUGAUAUGUACAUUCA